GGAAUAUCCAUGGCGGAUUCGGGCAUCUCACGGAAUUUCCGCUUUGCAUAUUCCGUCUUCUUCUUCCCUUUAAAUAGGGCAAUCCGCCUUCUUCUCUCCUCCGUCCUGAGCCUUCUCUCUGUCGCCAUUCCCGUGAGUUAACCCCCCACGCAUUCCGAUGGCUCUCAAGGCCGUUCACGUCGCCGACAUUCCUAAUAUCGGCCAGGUCCCGGAGAACGCCUCCCCGGCUCUCUGCCCCAACCGCUUCCCUCCUCAAGGGGUGGAAAUCGGGAGAGCCGCAGCCGGCGCCGCGUUCCGGCCGCCUAAAUUCGUGGUUAUCGGGCACAGAGGGAGCGGGAUGAACGUGCUGCAGUCGUCGGAUCGGAGAAUGAAGGAUUUGAAGGAGAACUCCCUUCGCUCUUUCAAUGCCGCCGCCGAUUACUUCGCCGAUUACAUUGAAUUUGACGUCCAGGUUACCAAAGACGACUGUCCGGUCAUCUUCCACGACGAUUUCAUUCUAUCCCAAGAGAAUGAUACAAUCUUAGAGAAGAGGGUCACGGAAUUGAGCUUAGCAGAAUUCCUGAGCUACGGGCCGCAAAGGGAGAUCACCGGCGGCGGUGGAGGCGGAGGCGCAACCGGGAAACCUCUGGUCAGAAGAAUGAAGGACGGGAAGAUCUUGAGAUGGUCCGUGGAGGCAGACGACCCACUGUGCACCCUCCAAGAAGCCCUGGAAAAGGUGAACCCAAACCUAGGGUUCAACAUCGAGCUGAAAUUCGACGACCACGUGUCCUACCCACAAGACCACCUCCGGCGAGUCCUCGGCACGGUCCUCCGCGUCGUGUUCGAGCACGCCAACGACCGCCCGAUCCUCUUCUCCACCUUCCAGCCGGACGCGGCGGUGAUGGCGAAGAAGCUGCAGAGCACGUACCCGGUGUUCUUCCUCACCAACGGCGGCUCCGAGGCCUACCCGGACCCGAGGCGGAACUCGCUGGAGGAAGCGGUGAAGGUGUGCGAGGAGGGAGGCCUGGAAGGGAUAGUCUCGGAGGUGAAGGGCGUGUUCAAGAACCCGGCGGCGGUGAACAAGAUCAAGGGUUCCAAUCUCACCCUCUUCACCUACGGCCAGCUGAACAAUGUGGUGGAAGCGGUGUACAUGCAGCACAUAAUGGGCAUCGACGGCGUGAUUGUGGACCUCGUCGGAGAAAUAUCGGCGGCGGUGGCGGACAUGUUGAGACCAUCGGAGGAGGAAGUCAGGGACGGUGGAGAUGGGGAGGAGAUGAAGACUGACGAGAAGCCCAAAUUCUCGCCCAAGGAGUUGUCUUUCUUGUUGAAGCUUAUUCCACAGCUCAUACAACAUUAAUGGGAUUUGUACGUGUCUCUCUCUGUGUAAAUAGGGAAUUUGUAUGUAAAGUAGCUUCCCCCGUCACUGUUGUCAUCGUUAGUCUUUUUCAUGAUGACGGUUCAUUGGGUUGGUGUCCGCUUUCAUAAAAACAUUAAUAUUGCGUUUAUGUUGAGACUGACAUAAAUAUUGUGUGUAUAU